ACAGGAAUUUCGUCCAUUUUUAAAACAUGUGUCCUGAGGAAAAGAUUAAGUUGGAAUAUUUUAAAUAUAAAGUGCGUAAUAAUAAAAGUUAAAGUGAAAAAUUAGAUUUAAGUGUGAUGUUCAUGACAAGAGCUUUUUAAAAACAUGUGGGCUGAAAAAUAAAUUGAAUUUAAUUUUUUAAUAUAAUCUGCAAAAUAAUAAAAGGAAAAUGUAAAAUUAUAAUGAAAAAUAGGAUUUUAGUAUGAAGUUAUUAAAAAAGGCUUUUGUGAGCGCCAGUCUAUUUUCCCUUGCAACUCUGUGCUUGGAAGGCAGCUGCUAGAACAUAUGUGUUACAGCUGUUCGAUUAAGUUUUUCCAAAGUGAUUUUUGUUUGGGCUGGUUCACGCAUAACUUUGUCAAUAAAAAAAUAAACAAUUACAAAUAAUUUAUAAAAUUAAACUACCCAAACUUGUGAGCACAAACAAUAAUGAGUUCCAAAGAUAAAGAAUUAUCCAAAUCCAAGUUUAAAUCUUUUCUUAAAAAUGCCAAAAAUCCACCAGGUACCAAUGAUAGAUGCCUUAGGCCAGAAAUAGAAUGGGAACUACGACCCGAACAACCGGUAGCUCAAAGAUGUAAGAUUUUAAAAGAUCUAAGUGAGGUACAUUUGCAGUGCUGCAAUCUGGAUGAGAACACCAUUGUAAAACUUUGGGAUGUUACCAAAGAUUUACUAGUUCCCACUAAAUCAUCUGAAUGUCGCCAGACUGCCUUGACUUUUUACAAAAAACUUAUACACACUCAAUACAAGACUUUAACUUAUAUGCGUGAACAAUUCUUUUUGGUCAUACAAAAUCAUGAGGUACCCGAGGAUCUUAAGCACAGAUUGGAAUUGCUGGAAACUUUAACGGAAAAUGGCAAAGAUAUUAAAAAUCUAGAGGAAAAGAUUGGACGCUUUAUGUUACAGUGGCUGGGUGCCAUUCAUCAAGCUAAUCUUUUGGUUCCCUAUUUAAAUAUGCUGGUCAAUUUGAUAAAAUUUAAUGCCGCUCAUUUGGAUAAUGAAAUAAUUAUUGGUAUAGUCACUAAUGCCUGUAAUUUAAGCUGCUCCGUUUCGGAUGAGGUCAUUGGUAUACAAUGUCUAUCUAUAUUGGAAAUGGUUAUGAGUUAUACCAUAUUUCCCAGUGAUCCUUUGCCACAAUUUGUUUUUACUUUAUGCCGAACGGUCAAUAUUCCACCAUAUUGUCAAGCAUCAUGGAAGGUAAGUGAAAAUGAUAUUUUUUUAUAGGAAUUUAAAUGUCAC